UAGAGCCCGUCAAUCUCCAAUCGGGGCUUUGGGAAAGUUCAAAAAUAGUCGAACACACGGUGAUAACUCGGCGCAUGUUUUAACCUUGAAUUUUACUGUCUAAUGAAUGUUAAGCGUUAAUUGAUCUCAAUUGUAAAACGAAUGUUUAGUGUUAUUUCAGAGUAAAAUAUAGAAAAUGGCUUCUAAGGUUACAUUGUGCCAAGCAUUAGGUACAGAUGGAAGUGAUUAUAAUCAUAGGCAAAAAGUAGCAGGGCAGUAUCAAGUCAGUGCGACGAACAAAUCACGAUUAAAGUAUUGCAUAUUUUUUCACUAUCUUCUUUUCUUUGUUAUGCUUGCCAAAUUGUCAGCAGACAUUUUAGAUAGGCUUGAUAUUUUUAUUCUGGAAAUAGAGGAAUUAUUGAUACCACAGCCAUUGUGGUGGGAAUAUAUAUGGUGCACAAGUUUAUUACUUUCUUUCCUUGCAUUAUCAGCUAUUAAAAAAAAUAAAGUAAAGACACUUCAACGAUAUAUGAUUGGUCUUGUUAUAUUGGGUUAUGGAUCAAUUUUAUAUGCCAUGGUUUACUAUUUUAAAGAUGUUUGGACAUAUUUAACUGUUGGUAAAUCAGAAGAUAUUCAACUGUGGCAGGGUCUCCCAUAUGGAAUGUUAUGGUAUGCGUUUAUUCUUUUAGCUUCUCAAGUUCAUAGUUUUUCUUUAUAUUUUUCAUGGAAUCUUAUAAUAGCUUGGAAAACACGCGGUGGUAAAAAAUUACAAUAAAUAAAUAAGUGAAAUAA